CGCUGAUACAACUAUAAAAGGUCGAUUAGGUUCCCUCGCCUCCAAAGAACAAAAGAGGGGAAAGAAAAGAAGAUACAAAGCCCAAUGGAUCCGAAUACUCAGAUUGACGACGGGGUUCCUCGGAAGAACUACGAGCUAAGCGGAAAGAUUAUGCUCAUCACCGUUGUCGUGCUUUUAACCGCCACCCUCCUCGUCCUCUUCCUCCACCUCUACCUCCGGUGGCGUGUCCUCCGCCGCAUCGCCUCCACCCGCCGCCGCCUCCGCCGCCGCCUCGUCUUCGCCGGCGAGGCCCACGACGCCCUGCGCCCCACCGAUCGCGGCUUGGCUCCUGAUAUCCUCCAGUCCCUUCCCGUCCUCGUCUUCUCAGCCGCCGCCGCCGCCGCUGCCGCUGGAGGCGAAGGAGAUGGGGAGAAGGUGGUGGACUGCGUGGUGUGCCUGAACGAGUUCCAGGAGGGGGAGAAGGUGCGCUCCCUCCCGCUGUGCGGUCACCGAUUUCAUGUCGAGUGCAUUGACAUGUGGUUCCACUCCCACGCCACCUGCCCCCUCUGCCGCGCCGCCGUGAAGGUGGCGUCGCCGCGGGUCCAUACCACCGCCCCAGUGCGAGUACUGCCGCCGAAUCCUCCGGAGGCGGCGGUGGAGGAACGAGCUUAUUUGCCCUCCGGUCUGUGCUUCCGGUGCCGAGCGGAGGGGAUCGGGUCUUCGUCGACUACGUUGGGCGGUCCGGAGCUGAGGAUCGAGGUACCGGCGAGGUGGGGCGAGGGGUUCAGGGGAUCGGAAGAAGAGAUAGAGUCAGGAUUAGGGUUGGGAAUGCCGGGGGUGCAGGGUACGAAGUCGCCAGGAAGUCGCAUGCAGCUGCUUACGAGGCUUCUAAGCAGGGAUCUGAGGCUCCAUCGCGGCGGGAAUUCGGGCGGGGAACCGGAUCUGGAGCGGGAGGAAAGGGCGGAGCGGUCUCCUCCGCCGCCAUCCCCACCACCACCUCCGCCGACGAUGGCGGCACUUUAGUAUGAUAAAGGGUUGGAGGCGUCGCGGAAUCGUAGCCGUUGGCGGUUGACGCGUGGCGGCUCGGGAAUGACAUAGCGACGUUAAGGUUCUUUUGCCUAUUGCCUUCCUGGGCUUUUUUUCUUUUCACAAACGACUUAGUUCAAAAAUAGAGGGAGUGGGUCUGGAAAUGAUUCGUAAAGUUUUGAGAGGUUUUUUGUUUUUGUUUUUUUUGUAAUUAUGAUAUAUUCAUUGCUAGUUCUUAUAGCAGCAAAUGUUUAUUAUCACCAGUUAUUUUCGAUUUUUCCAAUCGCCUCAUGACGCGCCAGAAAUCUUAUUAUUUAUGACAUUGUUUUUGGAACUAAUGUAGUGAUUUGAAUAAAAAAACCAACGAACAAUAAAAUGCAGUGGCUUCAAGUAAUAAUUUAUACAGUGGGAAAUACACACACACACACACCCCAUUAUCCAUAUACAGAUAAUAUAAAUUAUGGCAUAUAGGUAGGUUUAAGUUGAUCAUUUAAUACCAUUUAAGUAUUAUUUGAAGGCCCGAUAUGGAUAUGCUACCUUCCAGAAAUCUUGCAGGCCAGAAUCAAAACGGGUAAAUGAUAAUUUUAUAUUUGCAAAGUGUUGCAUGAAUAUCAAAAUAUGCCAUGUAUUUUGCUUGAUUGAAAACAGUAGAAUUUGAAGCUUUUGUUAUGCAAUGUACCUAAAUCACACCUAUAACGUAAACCAUGGAAUAGGGUCAACAUUGCUGGUUACACCUGUAUUUUGUUGGUUGGGCCCGUUUUGGAUUGUAUGAAUGCUUGAACUUGGGAUUCCCCCAUCCUCUUCUCA